AUUCGGCGGUCACGUCUUGCCCAGGCCUUGUCGCCACUCCGAGGCGUCCUAAUACCUACAUCAUCUGAGGGGAAUUCAAAAUCCUCAUGUUCUAUGAGAUGCGCAUCUCGUCUGCGUGUUCGAGUGACAGAUGUGCGCAAGUGGGGUAGCACGCAUGGCGCCCUUGCCACCGCGAUGAGGCAGAGGCCACACAUUCAAUCCCGGAUCAUCAUCAACCGAGAACACCAAGGGACUCGGGCACAGUUGCCAUGCACAGAGUGAUGAUCAUAUGCAUCCACAUCCACGCACCAAAUAGACGAUCCCCAACUUGCGUGACUGUCCGCGCUUGGAGAUUGUGAGCUUGGGCUGCACUCCCAGUACUUGCAGUCGAGUCAAAGCCAUCAAUGCCACCCAUCGUCAAUACUCGGAAAGACUCGCCUUUGAAUGGUCUGAUUACCACUCGGGCAGGUCAAUCGGUCUACCUGCCACUGGUAUCGGUACAUGCACAGGUCUACAUAGCUGACACUUCUGCAAGAGUGGCACUUAGCCAGAGAUUCGAUGCUACGGAGGCUUCGUCUGGUGGAAGCCUCACGGCCGUGAGGUAUAUAUUCCCCAUUCCAGCAUCCGCUGCCGUGUGCGCUUUCGAGUUGAAAGCAGCGGGCCGGAGACUUGUUGGCAAAGUCAAGGAGCUGAAGGCGGCGAGAAAAGAAUUCGAUGUUGCUGUCUCUCAAGGCGAGCUAGCCGGGCUUCUUGCGGAGGCUAGUGCGGAUGUGUUCGUACUGAGUAUCGGUGCCAUUCCAGUGAGGCAGAACGUGCAAGUGAAAGUGACGUACGUCACUGAACUGGUCGACGACGCACUUUUUGGCACCCUUCGUUUCGCUUUCCCGACGUACUUCGGUCAGCGGUAUGGCACCACGCCGACGAUUGCUACCAAGUCGGCGUCGUCUGCCAGCGAACUUGCGGCUUUCACUCUAACUGCAGAGUUGCAGAUGACUUCGCCUAUAGAAGAUAUCUCGUCUCCGUCACAUAACGACGCCUCGCUUAAGACGAGCAUUUCCGCAGACGCAACCUCGGCCAAAGUCGAGCUAGCUGCCUCCGCUGACGCCAGGCUUGACAGGGACUUCGUGCUCUCCAUCAGAGCGUCUGGUCUCAACACUCCUCGUUGCGUCGCGGAGUAUCUCCGGGACAGGUCCUCCGUCGCGCUGUCGAUGACGCUUGUGCCUCGCUUUGGAGUUUCACCGCUGGCGGAACAAGAGUAUGUUUUCCUGGUUGACCGGAGUGGAAGCAUGAAGAAAGAGAAGAGGAUCGACUUCGCAAGAGAAGCCAUGUCAAUCCUGCUUCAAAGUCUCCCCUCUGACGGGACGUGCUUCAACAUUAUCAGUUUUGGCUCGAGGUUCUCGGCUCUUUGGUCGUCCAGUCAGACUUAUACGCCUGACACGUUGGCAGUAGCUGAAAAGCACGUCGAUGGUAUGCAACCAAACUUCGGUGGAACAAAGAUCGAGGCCGCCCUCGAGAGUAUCUAUCAAUCACGUCGCACGCAGAUCCCGACGUCCGUCAUUAUCCUCACAGACGGAGAUAUCUGGAAUGCGAAAAAGGUCCUUUCAUCCUCCCGUGCUGCUGUCGCAGCUGCAUCCAGAACAAACUCAGAAACAUACCUUCGUGUCUUCACCUUGGGCAUCGGCGACGGAGCGUCUACGGAGAUGUGCGAAGGGUUGGCGCGCGUGGGGAACGGUAUAUGCUACAUGACCACGGAAGGCGAACAAAUCGCGCCGAAGUGCAAGGCGCUGCUCGAUGCCAGCAGUGUCCCUCCCUCGGGCAACCUCACCAACCUUCGGGUGGACUGGGGCUACGUCGCCAAGACUUCCAGGCCCACCCAGCCGCAAGCCGCGAGCAGCUUCUUCGAUCAAGGAUUCGACCCCAGCGCUUCAUCCCGUCCCACCGGAGUCCGGAUUCCUGUUCAGCAAGCACCGUCUGACGUCCCCAGCCUUUAUGUGAACAGUCGCUUCAUCGUCUCUGCCAUCCUGUCCGACACAGAUAUUCUUCCUUCCUCUGUUACCCUGAUUGGCGACAGCCCCGAUGGCCAAACUGUCAGACUCCCUGUACCCGUUCGCCAGGUCUCUGUCGACCCUGGUACUGCGCCGCUGGUGCACACGCUCGCAGCGCGUCGCCUCAUCCAAGAGAUCGGAGACGGGGAUUACCAGUCGCUUGGCGUGAAGGAUGCACAGAGGUCGCAGGCACUGGCUGCUCGGGUUGAAGCAGCGAUUGUACGCCUAAGCGAAGAGUAUCAACUCACCAGCGAGUUCGCUGCUUUCGUUGCUGUCGAGCAAGAUCCUCCCAAGGAAGACAGUGAUGAAGUCAAAGGCAGUGACGGCAGUGACGAUGGUGACACCGAUGACGAUGACGGCGACGACGACGACUACUAUGACAACGAGGAUAAUACCUACUGGGGAAAUAUCAGUGGCACCCAAAGAAUGGCACGGGUCGCGAGACUGGCGACCUUUGCUGCGCCUUCUACACUGACGACCCUCGCUGCGCCUUCAACACUGCGCGCGGAAUUCCGCCCAGCUCGUGUCGCCAGUCUCGCUACCUCCCCGCGCGUAGGUCCGAUCCGCGGUGGCUUCACUAUGAUGCCCGGGCAGACGGAGGCGUUCAGCAAAAUGCCGACUCCAGUCCACCGAACGAGUAGUGGCCCCUCCGCCGUUUCGCUGAACCAUCCUGUCACGCUACUCGCUCAGCUUCAAGCCUUUGACGGCUCCUUCAAGCUAGACGGCACUCUCAUCUCAGUUAUCUUCAAGGAGCGUGUGUCUCUGGACAGCGUGAAGCAUACAAUCCCAUCCUCGCUUGCUUCAAAUGCGACUGCGGAGACAAUUUGGGUCACCGCUAUCGUAGCGGCCUAUAUGAAGGUGCAAUUGGCCGACAUGGCGGAUAUGUGGGACGUAUUGUGGGCCAAGGCGAUGAGGUUCGUCGUGCGCGCGGUGGUGGGGGGGGCUUCUGUGUUUGAGAAACUGGUAGCAGAAGCCGCGGAUAUACUCUAGCGACCACGAAGGUUGACAUGUUUGUGGAUCGCCGUUGUCGAAGACUAGUGGAGAUAUUCUCGCGACAUGCCAUACCGUUACUAGUAACUCGUGCGCGUUGUUUUAGGUAGCCUGAAUGAUAUUCUGCGUGCUCUCAACUGAAAGCUGUCUUUACUACUAGUAUAUAUACAGCUCGGUCCAUACUAUCGUUGGGCCCCGCCCAU